AUGGUGGCAACGUUCAAGAUCGCCGUGCUGGGAGCCCAGGGCGUGGGCAAGAGCGCCAUAGUCCGUCAGUUCCUCUACAACGAGUUCAGCGAGGUCUGCGUGCCCACCACAGCCCGCCGUGUCUACCUGCCCGCCGUCGUCAUGAACGGCCACGUCCACGACCUGCAGAUCAUGGACUUCCCUCCCAUCACCGCCUUCCCCGUCAACACCCUGCAGGAGUGGGCGGACGUGUGUUGCAGGGGCCUCCGGAGCGUCCAUGCCUACAUCCUGGUCUAUGACAUCUGUUGCUUUGACAGCUUCGAGUACAUCAAAACCAUCCGCCAGCAGAUCCUGGAAACAAGGGUCAUCGGCACUUCGGAGACGCCCAUCAUCAUCGUGGGCAACAAGCGAGACCUGCAGCGGGGCCGGGUGAUCCCGCGCUGGAACGUCUCCAACCUGGUGAAGAAGACGUGGAAGUGCGGCUACAUCGAGUGCUCGGCCAAGUACAACUGGCACAUCCUGCUGCUCUUCAGUGAGCUCCUGAAGAGCGUGGGCUGUGCCCGCUGCAAGCACGUCCACACCACCAUCCGCUUCCAGGGCGCCCUGCGCAGGAACCGAUGCACCAUCAUGUGA